AUGGCAGCACCAUUUCAAGAUAAUCAAUGUACCGAAUCAGCUCGUUCUUAUCCACCUUCUGAAUGGUGUCUCCCGACAUCUUGCAGUGUCAUUCAUGCUGUGUCUCAGGACAAUGCUCAACAAAAUCAAUAUGGAGAAACACAGAACUACGCAUCAAGUCGACUCCAAAUGCUUAAUGAAACCUUGCCUUCUCUGCAUCAGGAAAAUAAAAGCUCGAUGGACCCAGUAAGCACAUGUCAAAGUUUGCUACAAUAUGCACGUGAGGCGGAUGAUCGAAUGAAGGAGGUGCUGCUUGCAAGGCUAACUCCACAAGUUAAGCCCUAUUUGAUGGGAUAUGUGUCACAGUUCACAAGCGUUCAACUUGUCCAUGCAGCAACUAUCGUUCAUUCGGGGUUAUUUGGUGAUCGCGUCUAUAUUCCGUUUACAGUUGAUUCAAUUUCAGGUAUAAGAUUUUGCGUUGAUACGGGAAGUGCCAUUUCUACCUUUCCCGCGUCGCUUGUGGGGCGAAGAUUUCAUUCCGCUAUUGCUUGCAUAGAGCCCCCAACGGGAGCGAACAUUAUGGCAUAUGGAUUAAAACACCUAACGCUGAAUUUGGGAGAUGGAGAAUUAAGAACUUUUCCAUUUUUCAUAGCAGACAUCGAAAUGCCACUAAUCGGUUCUGAUUUCUUAUCCUACUUCGAUCUGGUUGUUGACUUUAAGAAAAAAGAAAUAAGAAAAUACCAAUCGCCACAUGCGUUGCGCAAUGUUUUUAUUGGGAAAAGAUGGUGUCCACCAACGAUUUCUGACUUCAUGUUAAGAUUUAUGCAUUCCUAUCUGGAUGGCUGUGAAAAACCGUCAGAUAUACUUCGCCUAUUGCUUGAUAUAUUUUCGGAAGAAUGUAUGCAAAGAGAGUCGUUCCUAACAUUAUUCCUUAACCUUCUCCCCCACCCAAUUCAACAAAAUUUGAUAAGUGGCACUCUGUACUCUGAUACACUCCUAAGCCUUGUAGUAGAGGCGGACGCCAUCUAUGAUGACUUACACCGUAGAACAAAACAUUGUCUUUACGUUACUGAUCCGAAUUCUGGUUUUGAAUUUCUGAUUGAUUCUGGAGCUAACCUAUCACAAAUCCCACGUCUACCUCACGAAUUACUAACACCACUUCCUUUCUAUCGAUUGAGGUCUGCAAACGGACAUCCUAUCACGGAAUAUGGUUAUAAGCAACUAAACGUAGACUUGGGGUUGGAUAUCGUUUUUCCGUGGAAUUUCCUCAUAACAAAUAUUAGGCUUCCUGUCAUUGGUGCCGACUUCUUGGAUCAUUUCAAUAUUCAAAUCGAUUUAAGAAGAAAGCGAUUAGUACUAGACCAUUCAUAA